GAUCAUUCAUAAUUUAAUUUAACUUCUUAGUAAGCCCAAGAUGUUUUGUUUUUAAUAAUUAAUUCAGCAAAACUUAAAAUUUAUCAAGAUUUUCAUAAAAUGCCGCGUGUAUUAUAUCGUUACCAAGACGUAUCAAAUGAAACAGUCAUAGUUUGAUUGUUUUGAAUUAUCACUUGAUAUUUCUAUCGUUAGAAAAAAAUUUCAAAUUCAAUUGGUCGUUAAUUUAUUUUGUAAAUAAAAAUAAUGAAUAACAAAAAAUUAACCAUAGAUUUGAACGCAACACUUGAGGAAGAAAUUUAUGUGCCUGAAGAUUUUCAGUGGAAUGAAACAUCUUGGGUUGAUCACUCGAUAAUUUCUGAAUCAAAAAUCAUUGAUUCUGAUGCACUGAACCGUAGUAUAGAAAGUUUUGAACAUUUAGCAAACAAACUUGACAGCAAUGAUGAUGAAAUGUUAGACAUUCAUAAAAAUGAAAUAAAUAAAGUAGACAUAAUCGAAAAUGAUGAAUUAUUGACACAAGAUUUUAAAUCUACGAUGUCUACUGAUUUAAAUCAAGAACCCGCUGAAACAGAAAAAAAUUCAAAUGAUUUGAAUCAGCAAAAUUUUUAUGGCCUUCCAAUACAAGUUGAAUCUUUAAUUAAAAAAACUAAAAAUAUAACUCAAUUGUAUGAUUGGCAAGAUGAAUGUCUGAAAGCUGUUGAUAAUCGUGAAAAUUUAAUUUAUGCGCUUCCAACAAGUGGAGGGAAAACUUUAGUUGCUGAAAUACUCAUGUUGAAAGAAAUUUUGUGUCAUAAAAAAAAUGUUAUAUUUGUGCUGCCUUAUAUUGCUAUUGUACAGGAAAAAAUUCAAUCAAUGGCACCGUUCGCUAUAGAAUUAGGAUUUUUAUUAGAAGAAUAUGCGGGUGGUAAAGGUCAAUAUCCGCCAAUUAAAAGACGGCGGAAAAAUACAAUUUAUAUCUGUACGAUUGAGAAAGCGUCUGGAUUAUUGAACAGUUUAAUAGAAACGAAUAGAUUAGAAGAAAUUGGGCUUGUUGUCGUUGAUGAGUUGCAUUCUCUGGGUGAAAACAGUGGCAGAGGUGCAACUUUAGAAGGAUUUCUAACUAAACUCAUUUUUAUAAAUGAAAAUAUUCAAAUUGUCGGAAUGAGUGCAACUAUUGGAAAUCUCAAUGAAAUAGCAGAAUUUUUGAAAGCAAAUCUUUAUACAAAAAAUUUCCGGCCUGUGCAACUUAGAGAAUACGUUAUGUGCAAUGAUCAUUUAUGUCAAAUCGAUUUGAAUCAUGAAAACAUAAUUACACAUGGAAAGAAAAUUAAUUAUUCCUAUCCAGUGGCUGCAUCUAAAUUAGAUCCUGACAAAAUUGGUUGCUUAGUUAUGGAUGUCAUCCCCGAACACAAUUGUUUGAUAUUUUGUUCAAGUCGAAAAAAUUGCGAAAAUGUUUCACUAUUAUUGACGCAAGUCCUUCAUAGGUAUGAAUGUUUCCUCUUAAUUAUUAAAACCUAUUGCAAUAAUUAUUUUAACUGUGUUAGAUCUUUAAUAGAAUAUAAAAAGAAUGACAAGAAGAAACUUUUAGAAAAUUUGAAAGAUGACAGUAGAAGUCUUUGCCCAAUUUUGUUGCAAACUGUUAAAUAUGGAGUAGCUUACCAUCAUUCUGGGUUAACUAACGAUGAGAGACGAUUAUUAGAAGAAGCAUUUAAGGAUAAUAUUAUUUCCGUAAUAUGUUGCACAUCAACACUGGCUGCAGGAGUAAAUUUACCAGCUAGAAGGGUGAUUCUGCGAAGUCCAUACAUAGGAAAUGAAUUCAUAAAUCUGAGUAAAUAUAAGCAAAUGAUUGGUCGCGCUGGACGGACUGGAAUGUCUGAAAUAGGCGAAAGUAUUUUGCUGUGUAAGCAAUCGGAAAUUCCGAAGGUCCGAGAACUUUUGAGAUCUAGAAUAGAAGACUGUGUAAGUUCUCUAGGUACCGAAGAAAAUCGUGGAAUAAAUAAUUUAAUUUUAAGUUCUGUUAUGCUGUCAAUCGCAACAACUCGAAACCAAUUACAUAAUCUUGUAUAUUCAUCAUUACUUAAAGUACAAGCUUCUCAACUUAACGUAGACAUAAAAAAGUUCACUGAUAAGGCCAUAAAAAACCUCAUUAAAAUUCAAGCCCUACAAGUUGAUAACAAGCUUUGUAUGAAAGCAAAUAUGACUGUUACCAUCCAAUCACAGUCAUCUGAACUGAUGGCUGUAGAUGAAAAUAUUUCAGACGUAAAUGAAUGUCAACGGUCUAUUGUACUGACAGGAUCGAGCUGUCUGAAAUUAUCUAACAUAGGGAGAGCUGCUAUGAAAGGAUGUAUUGAUUUAAAAACUGCGUAUAUUCUUUAUGAAGAUUUGAAAAUUGCUCAGAAACACUUGAUACUUUGCAAUGAUCUUCAUAUUUUGUACUUAGUCACGCCCUAUCAAUUGGCAGAUCAAUUGACGCCCAUCGGCCUAAUUUACUAUGAGACGAUUAUUAAUUUGCCGCCAUUAUCGAUGAAUAUUGCGAGAUUAUUAGGAAUUAAUGAAAUUGUAAUUAUGAAAUUAAGAGACGGAAUGGUACCAAAGAAUGUUCCCGAAAGAGUUAUCCGAAAAUUUUAUUUGUCUCUAAUUCUAAAUGAACUGAGACAGAACCGAUCAUUGUACGCAGUCGCUGAUAAAUAUCAAGUAAAUCGUGGAAAGAUACAAAAUUUAUUGUCUACUACAGCAUCAUUCGCUAACUCAAUUAUUAGAUUUUGCGAGGAACUUCCAGAGUUUUGGGCAUUUACGGAGUUAUUUAAAACAUUCUAUAAAAAACUCGUUUAUAAUUGUUCAGUUGAGCUGGAGUCAUUCAUGGAAUUACCUGCAGUGAAAGCCGCUCGGGCGAAACAAAUAUAUAACGCUGGAUACAAAACAUUGCAAUCAAUUGCAUCAGCCGAUCCAAAAGAAUUUCAAAAAAAUAUAAACCAUUUAUCACGAAAAGACGCUGAACGAAUAACAGUUGCAGCCAAGAUAGUCCAAUUGGGAGAGAAAGUAAUGGAAAUGAAACAAACUACUCAACGAAGACAGAAAGAUUCAAAUCAAUCCAACGGUAUUCAGCGGACAUCGAAAAAGAACCAUCCCACAGCAGAUGCCCGGUCAAAAACUGCUGAAACAAAUGAUAAGAAAAUGACAAUAGAUGCUGACAGUUUGACGAUAUGGCAUCAUCCUAUCACAACUUUUAGCUACUUUAUACAAGAAUUAAUUCUUAACUGUAUUAAUUUAACUAAAGAAAUAUUGAGGUACAAAAAGACUGUAUGGGGUGUUGUAUUCUUAGUUGCAUUCUUUAUCACUCUCAGGUCUUCUUCAGGUCCUCACCAACAAGUAUUAAAAGUUUGGGAAAACAUUCUAUUAUGGUGGCUCUAUUGGGUUGGACUUGGCGUACUGUCAAGUGUGGGUUUGGGAACAGGUUUACACACAUUCGUGCUCUAUCUGGGUCCUCAUAUAGCAGCUGUUACAAUGGCUGCAUAUGAAUGUGGAGGAUUGAACUUUCCAGAGCCGCCUUACCCUGAUUCUAUUAUGUGCCCUACAGUUGUAGACCAAGCUUGGGCCGCAAGUAUUUUUAAUAUAAUGAGAAAAGUGCGCGUAGAAGCGAUGCUCUGGGGCGCCGGCACGGCUUUAGGCGAAUUACCGCCAUAUUUCAUGGCUAGAGCCGCAAGAAACAGCGGAAAAUUCGAUAAAAAUGAUGAGCACGACCAAGAAGAUCUCAAAGAAUUGAAGGCACUUGAAGCACUUGAAAGUGGAGAGAAUGUUCCUCUAAUAAUGCGGCUCAAAUUAGCCAUGAAACAUUUUGUUCAAAAAGCCGGAUUUUUCGGAAUUCUUGCUUGUGCUUCGAUACCAAAUCCGUUAUUCGAUCUUGCUGGUCUUACUUGUGGCCAUUAUCGUAUUCCAUUCUGGACAUUUUUUGGAGCUACCCUUAUUGGCAAAGCCAUAAUUAAAAUGCAUGUACAACAAUUGGCAGUUAUUAUUGCCUUCAAUGAAGAACUAUUGGAUAAAGCCAUUGGGGUAUUAGCUGUUGUACCAUAUUUUGGUAAUAAAUUUCAAGAACCAUUGAAGAAAUAUUUGGUUGAACAAAAAAAUAAACUUCACAACAGUUCUAGUGUGGAUAGUACUACAACUAUAUCAUGGCUAUUUGACAAAUUCGUAAUCUUAAUGGUGUGCUACUUUCUUAUAACGAUAAUUCACGCUUUGGCGCGCAAUCAUCAUCGCAGGCGAACUAAAUCGUGUGUUGAUUGAAAUAACUGAAAUUUAAAAUUGGUAACUUGCGUGUUAAUAUAAAAAAUUAAUACGAUAGCAGCUAAAAAUAUUUAUACAAGAUGUUUUUGUACAUUGGAGUUAAACUGAAAUAAGUGUGAAUCGAUUAAGUGUCAAUGUAAAUAUGUAUAAUCAAUUAAUAUACUCUUUUAAAAAGAGAAUAUUAGAUAAUAAUUUUUGCAUAAAAUAAAUUUAAACAUUUUACUGUU